AUGGACGAGUCGAAGGGCGAGCAGGUGGGCGAACUCCACCACGGCAUCAGCUCACUGGAGAGCUCGCUGAAGCUGUGGGAGCAGCGGUACAAGGCAAUGACCGCCUACUCGGCGACCUUCUCCAUUGGCGACGGAGGCAACAAUCACCACAACAACAACAAUCACAACAACAGUGCACAGCAGUCCUCGUCUGAACUUCAGGGUGGUGAUGCUGGUGGUGAGCUGCUGAUGGAAGAGGGGGAGUUUGAAGAAUUCGAAGAGGGGUGCGACGAUGAGGUCGUCGAUGAGGAAAGAAAUUUCGGCAGAGACGGCGGCAGUGGUGGCGGCACAAUGCCAUUCGAACUGUGCGAGGUGUCCAUGGCAACGGCAGACGACAAUGAUGAUGAGGAGGAUGAGGAUGGUGAUGAUGACGAUGAUGAGGAAGGGGACGAUGACCUGGAGAGCAGCACCCUCAGUGAUAGCGACUUUGCCGCCGGAACUUCACUGCUGAAGAUGCGGAAGAAGACGAGGCGGCGGCCGGAGACUUCGUUUCAGAAUCUCCAACAGCUGAACACCCUCAACGCCCUCAAUGGCAAUCCGAUGGUGCUCACCUGCGAACACCCCGGGUGCCGCUUUCGAACCAGCGCCCGCCGCCAGCUGGUCAUGCACAAGCGCUCCCACGACGGCGAGGUCCUCUACAGCUGUGACGUCGCCGGCUGCAGCUACCUCACCAACUACAAGGGCAACAUCAAGGUGCACAAGAAGCACCGCCAUCGGAUGGACACUAGUACAGCCACCACUGCCGCUGCCGCUGCCACUUCGACUGCCGUCUCUGCUGCUAUUGCCAGUGAAAGGAGGCAGCAACAGCAGCAACAUCAGCAGCUAACAACCCCAGCCCCACAGCAAGGUCAAAAGCGAAAGCUGGCGAUCAAGGAGGAGGGUGCUGAAGUGGAAGAAAGCAGCGGUGGCGACCUUGCUGAGUCCUCGGUCAUCGAAAAGGACAUCGCCCCCUUCGUCGACGAGUGGGAGGAGGCCUGUGACAUGCCCAGCAAGGAGCUCUUUAAGAAACUGGGCAACGCCGGCCUACUGGGCAUCCACCGCGACCCCGAGUACGGCGGCCUCGGCCUCGACUACGGCCACUCGAUUGCCUUCUUCGAGGAGCUGGGGAAGAUCGAGGCGGCCGGCCCCACCACCGCCAUCACCGUCCACACGGACAUGGCCCUGCCGGCGCUGGUCCGCUUCGGCUCCGACUACCUGAAGCGAAACUACCUGGUGCCGGCCAUCGCCGGCGACUACCUCGCCUGCGUCGGCGUCAGUGAGAUCUCCGGCGGCUCGGACGUGGCGGCGCUGAAGACCACCGCCAAACGGGAGGGCGACGACCUGGUGAUCAAUGGAAUGAAGAUGUGGAUCAGCAACGGCGCCCAGGCGGACUUUAUGACGAUGCUGGCCAAUACCAGCGAAGGACCGGUCCACAAGAACAAGUCGCUGAUCAUCGUGCCGAUGAAGACGCCCGGCGUCCACGUUGCCCGCCGCAUCGAGAAGAUGGGCCUGCACUCCUCCGACACUGCGGAGAUCUACUUUGACAAUGUUCGCGUGCCGGCGAAGAACAUCAUCGGUGAAGAGGGCAUGGGCUUCAUGUACCAGAUGAUGCAAUUUCAGGAUGAACGCCUCUGUGCCGCUGCUUCAGCCGUCGAAUCGAUGAACAUGAUCAUCCAAGGGACGAUCGAGUACUGCCGCCAGCGACACACCUUUGAUAUGCCGCUGAUUGACAAUCAGUACAUUCACUUCAAGCUGGCGGAGCUGCAGGCUGAUGUGGAGUGUCUCAGGUCGGUGGUGUAUCGUGCUGCUGACGGCUACAUGGAAGGUGAUGAUAUGACGUACCUGGCCACUAUUGCCAAGCUGAAGGCAGGUCGUCUGACGAGAGUGGUCUCAGACUCGUGCUUGCAAUUCUUCGGCGGCAUGGGCUACACCAAGGAGUUGCCCAUUUCACGAGCUUACCGAGACAGCCGGGUCCUCUCCAUUGCCGGUGGUGCAGAUGAAAUUAUGCUAGGAAUUCUCUGUGCAAUGAUGGGUAUUCUACCGAAGAAGAAGCGAAAGGCAAACGAGGGCAAGGAGUAA